CUCAAAAGGUCAAGGCUGCGAAGUGUCUGCUGGAGUGCGGUGCCGACCCCAACCAACCCCGUCAAAGUGAUGGUCGUCCCCCAAUAUUUAUGGCUCUCGAAGAUGAGUCGCUUGUGGAAGCUCUGGUAAAACAUGGCGCGGACUUGUUUAAGACAUUCCAAGGAUGGCGGCUAGACGCCCACCCAGAUACGUCGCCGCCCAUAGCGCGAAUGAUUAAGAAGCUCCGACAGAGCAUGUGA